GUCUCUGGUAGGUCCAGCGAUCGCCUUUGGUUCAAAGAUCGGACCAAGGAUCGCCUUCAGUCUGGAGGUCGCCUUCGGUCCAAAGAUCGCCAUUGGUCCAUAGGUCGGGGGUCCAGGUGUCUGGGGUCGAAGGUCUUUCUUCGGCUGUUUCUCUUUGGACUUCUCUCGCCAGCUUGCGCCCCUACCCCCGUCGGGCAUUUUUCUGGCUUCUUUUCUGGUAGUC